AUGCUUCACAUCGAUCCUUGCUCGAAUGCGGUUGAGCACGGUCUCGCAAACAUCUACAAACAAGCCAUCACUGGAAACAAUUCCCUGCGCGUCAAUUUUGAUUACAAUGCCGCGUUGGCCAGGCUAAGCAGUCUUGGUUCCUCCAGUUCCGGAUCGAACUCCGUUGCAGUUUCAUCAAGUCUGAAAGGAGAAUCGUCCGAAACGAGCGUUGAUAAGAACGGUCAUCUGGACACGACGACAGCGACCCCGGCCUCCACUGACAACGACCACCCUGUGAUGAAGAAGAGUGGUCAAAAACACCUAUUCAACCUCGUCGACGCUUCAAAAACUCAGGACAACCCACAACCUGCAAAAAAUCCGUCACCAGCAACGGUACCACCAGCACCACCUGCCAGAGAACCCUUGGAGUGGGAUUGGGAUAUCGAACAUGAAGACAGGAAACGAGAAAAGGAGAGAGAUGCCACCUUGUUCCCCCGUGAAACCCCAUUUGAGGUUGACCGGAGGCUGCUCAAGGAUGUGGUCAGGGAGAAGAUGGGUGUCGAGGUUGGGAGAAUCAAAUUCUUGAGUGCUGGAACUUUCCACAAGGCCUACCUCAUCAUCCUAGUGAACCACGAAGAACUCGUCGCCAGGGUCGCCAGGCGAUUCAUGCCCCGCCUCAAGGUCGAGUCUGAGGUGGCAACGAUAAGCUAUCUGCGCCAAAAGACCAACGUCCCCGUCCCCAAGGUCUACCACUACGACUCGAACCCAUAUAACCGGUUAGGGGGCGAAUUUAUCCUCAUGUCCAAGGCACCGGGCAUUCCUCUAUCACGCGUUUACCAUGGCCUCGCCUACAACGAUCUCGUCAAGCUUGUCAAGAACCUGGCCAGGAUCGUGCUUCCCCUCUUCGCCCACCGCUUCUCUGAUAUCGGCUCCUUAUACUUUGGACCCGACCCUCGAGCAAAUGUAGCCUCCGGAACCCCGACUCCCAAAGAGACCCAACAGCACUAUUCCGGCUUCCCGUUUUCGCCUACUCUGGGCAUGAUGACCAAGUCCCCCUCCACCCAAUCGGUUCACACCCUCUCCCACCAAUUUCAUGUGGGACCAAUCAUCUCGUGGCCCUUCUUUGGUUCUAACAGGGGAGAGCUCGUUCACCCAACGGAAAUGAAUCGUGGGCCAUGGCCAACGCUCAAGUCCUACCUCGAGUCGUGUGUCGAUCGAGAAAUCAAGGGUGUUAUUCGAGAGAAUGAGGGUCGAUCAGCGCCGCACCGGCUGCAUCUCGAUCCUGACGAGAUUCGUUCCUCGAGGCAUCACAAGAUGCGGGCUGUCCCCGGAGACGAGAGUGAUGAUUCGGACGAGUACAGUGAUUACGAGGAUGCCGACGAGGAUUCGGAAUGGCCGGGCAGUAGCAUCUACUCUGAUUUCCGGAGGAUGCAGCGUACCACUUUCUUGGUUGCACAUAUGAACCAGCGAGAGGAGGCUGUCCGGAAAGAGAUGGGGCGGUGGAAGAGCGUCAUGGAGAGGCUAGUCGAUCAAGUCGAGAAGGACGGCCACCGUGAAGAGUUUGGAUUGGACUGCCACGACCUUUCCCUCGAGAAUGUCUUCGUCGACCCUGAAGACAACACCAAGAUCACAUGCAUCAUUGACUGGGAAUCGACGACGACGCGACCACUCUGGGCCUGCGCCCAUGUUCCAGCUUGCAUCCAGUCCAGCGCGUUUGUGUCCAAGUUGUUCCGGGAAGCUGUCGCCGAGCUUCCCUCCGACCCUACAUUCCGAGUUUCGCUACCACAGAACGGGCGGACAGUCGACCCUGCGCACUUGUGUCGGGAAUGGCUGUAUUACGAGGCGGCUGGAGCCCGGCUUCGCAUGGCCCAUCGAUGUGCGGAGUGGGAUGGAUGGGAAGAGGGGUUGGUGGAUAGUAUCCUUGGACCUGAAGAGUUCGAAUCCGAGUGGUUCAAGCCCGGAGCCAACGAGUACGAUAUGGAGGAUCUAAAAGCUAUGAUCGCUUCUCCGCACGGCGAAGAGCACCAGGAACUCAACGGGCGAAGUUCGAGUGGACGCUUGUCUGGGUCUUCGAAAUCGUCGAAAGCGAGUUCGUCUCGCUCGCCGGCAGCGCGGAAUCGGAGUACGACCAGCUCUUCGAAGGAGUUGAUGCUUUCGCCCAAGCUCACCGACGUCAAGAACGCUGUGAAGAAUGGUGUGAAUGGAGGGGGUAUGGGCAAGUUGCCGCCAUUAUUGCAGGAGCAGCAGAGGGAGAAGAUGCUGAACCAGACGGGGGAUAUUUGUGGAGGGCGGGGCGGGGAGUUGGGGUUGAGGUUGGAGGCUUGGUUGUGUGAGAAGGAGAAGGGGCCGAAGAGGUGGAAGGGUGACGGCGAUGAGGGUGGGGAUGGGGAUGAUGAGAGUGAGGUGCAGUCGCCGAUGACUGCUGGUGCUCAUGGUGCCCAGACGGUUCACUCGGUGCUGACCCCGAGGUUUGAGCGAUAGGAAGGGGGGCGUGUGGAUGAACGACUCGGCCCUGUUCUGGUUCGGGAUCGAGACCCGGCCUGACUUCUACCUCUUUGCCUUCCAUCUCAUAUGCGAAAGAUAGAAGGAAGGAACGGACGAACGAACGACCGAAUGAACGCUUUCAUUGGCGCUGUUCUAAGUUCUGGUUGGUUGACGAACUGUUAUUUUAUUUAUCCUCAUCAUCAUUGCUUGCAUUGUUUCAACUCUCGUUUUUCGCAUUGGCAUUCAACUGUUCAUGAUUGUUAACGUUCACUUCACGUAUUUUGGUUGGGGGUUACCUUUCGUCCAUUCUUUCCUCUUCAGUCUUCUUCGUCCAUCGUCUUUCGGCAUUGGCAUCGUCAUCUUCCGUCGUUGUCUUCGCAUCAUCGUCGGUUAUUAUUUCUUGGUUGUUGAAUCAUUUAAACUUGUCCCUGGUUUUUGUCUCAUGUCGGCUACACGUUCAACAUUCGCUGUGACACUGGGUUUCUUUUUUCCCCUCUCGUUCGCCGGGUAGAUUAGCCUCGCCUUAUAUUUUUCACGCGAAGGUUAUCUACGUAGCGUUUUUGCUUGCGUUGGCCAUAUAGGCACACAUACAUAUACAUUUUUACGAGUAUUUUUUGUUGCUUUUGACGAGUGUCUUUUGGCGG